AAAUCUUAAAUAUGGGUUAUCUCAAAACCGCUUCUUCAAGACUUAACAUUUUAAGAGGACAUUUGUCCGCUCAGGCUACUUCAGGAACUACUCCAGCCAAGUCAGGAGACGAUGUUGUCAUCGUUGCUGCUGCAAGAACUGCCAUGACUAAGGCUAAGAAGGGAAAUUUCAGAGAUACCGGAGUUGAGAUCAUGCUCUCUGCAGUCCUGAAGCAGGUCGUCGAAGAGUCUAAGAUAGACGCUGGAAAGAUCGAGGAUAUCUGCAUCGGAAACGUUCUUGCCCCAGGAGCUGGUGCCACCACCUCCAGAAUGGGAGGAUUCCUUGCUGGAAUCCCAGACACCGCUGGAUUAUCUGCUGUGAACAGACAGUGUUCAUCUGGACUUCAGGCUGUCAUGAACAUUGUCAACUCUAUCAGAGGUGGACAAAUUGACAUUGGUAUUGGAGGAGGAGUUGAGAACAUGUCUCAAUACAGCUUCAAUGACGCCAUUAGACCAGACUUGAUCUCUGACGAUGUCUACGAGCACGAAGUUGCUAGAAACUGCUUAAUGCCAAUGGGUAUCACUUCUGAAAAUGUUGCCGAGAAGUACGGAGUCACAAGAGAAGAGCAAGAUGAAUUUGCUGCAAACUCCCAGAGAAAGGCUUGUGAAGCUCAGAAGGACGGAAGACUUCCAGGAGAGAUCACCCCAGUUAAGACUAUCAUCAAGGGAGAAGAUGAUACUGAGACUGAGAUCAUCGUCGACAAGGAUGAAGGAAUGAGAGAGGGAACAACUGCCGCCAAACUUGGUAAGCUCAAGCCAGCUUUUAAGAAGGGUGGAUCCACCACUGCUGGAAACUCUUCCCAAGUAACUGAUGGUGCUGCUGCUGUUUUGCUUGCCAGAAGAUCCACUGCCGAGAGCUUGGGACUCCCAAUCAUGGGAAGAGUCCUCUCUUACGCUGUUGCUGGUGUACCUCCUGAGGUUAUGGGAAUUGGCCCAGCUUAUGCCAUCCCAGCUGCCUUGAAGAAGGCUAAUUUGAGCACUGAAGACAUUGAUAUUUAUGAAAUCAACGAAGCUUUUGCCAGUCAAUGCCUCUACUCUGCCAAGCAUCUCAAGUUGGACUUGAACAAGGUUAACCCAAGAGGAGGAGCCAUUGCUCUUGGACAUCCUUUGGGAGCUACCGGAGCCAGACAAAUCAAGACUCUCUUCAGCGAACUCGAGAGAACCGGAAAGAAGUUAGGAGUUGUAUCAAUGUGUAUUGGUACCGGAAUGGGAGCUGCCGGAGUUUUCGAGAGAGAAUAAAGAUAUACUUCAUUCAUGUAGUAUCCAUUCUUAGGC